AUGAGGUGUAGUGGAGUUGUUGUGAAAGCCUUUGAUGGCCCGAGGAAGACCAUAAUUGGGGAAGUUGAUAUCCCAAUGAAGGCUCUUUAUGUUGAUGAUAAUUUUAUUAAGAAGAAAUGGGAAUCCAUGACAUCUUUGAAAGAUACCCAACAAUCUACUACCACAAUCCUGGAAGAUAAUGAAGAGCAAGAAGCGCAAAACUUUAUGACACAUGGAUUGAUAUGCCAGAAUUGGACUGUUGUUGAUGUUACUUUUGUUACUCAUUUAUCAAAGCAACAAGAUGAAACUGGUAGUAAGGAGAAUGACAUCUACUAUCUCAGUAAGAAGUUUACAGUUUAUGAAUCUCGGUAUUCCAUUCUUGAAAAGACUUAUUGUGCUUUAGCUUGGGCUGCCAAAUGUCUAUGGCAGUAUAUGAUCAAUCAUACCACUUGGUUGAUAUCCAAAAUGGAUCCAAUCAAGUACGAUUUUGAAAAACCUGCUUUGACUGGAAGGAUUUCUCGUUGGCAAAUGCUAUUGUCUGAAUAUGAUAUUGAGUACCGUACUCAAAAGGUGAUUAAAGGAAUUAUUCUCGUAGAUCAUUUGGCUUAUCAGCCGAUCGAUGAUUAUCAAUCCAUCAAGUUUGACUUCCCUGAUGAAAAUGUUAUGUACUUAAAAGCUAAAGAUUGUGAUGAAUCGUUGCCUGAAGAAGGACCAGAGCCUAGAUCCCGGUGGGGUUUAGUGUUUGAUGGAGAUGUUAAUGCUUAUUAUAAUAGAAUUGAGGAAAUUAUCAUUACUCCUCAGGGUUCUCAUAUCCCUUUCACUACAAGAUUGAUCUUAGUGGUUAAUCAUAUUAAACGAGAACGGGAGACUCGUCACCCUAGUUUGAUUCCCUACAAAGAUUAUGCAAGGAGGUUAUUGACUUUCUUUAAUAAAGUUGAAUUUCAUCAUACACCUCGUGAAGAGAAUCAGAUGGUAGAUGCUUUGACUACUUUGUCUUCUAUGUGUAAAGUAAAUCAUUGGAAUGACGCACCCAAUAUCAGGAUUAUGCGCCUUGAUAGACCUGCUCAUGUAUUUAUAGAAGAAGAAGUUACAAAUGAUAAGCCUUAG